GGCUAACUGAGGCCGGCGUAGGUACCCCUCCUCACCUUUUUACCUGCGUCAGCUUCCACGCGUUGUUGUGUGUUAGCAUUUUAGGCCCACACAACAGCCGUAAACCCAAAAAUUUACAAAAAACAACAAAAAAACUUAAAAAGUUAUAAAAACUACUGUAUAAAAACUUAAAAAGCUUGAGAAAAAAACUCGCGAAACGGUGGUAGGAACGUCCCAAAGUCUGCCGAAGCUCGAAGAUCCAGCAAAAAUUGACAACGCCAUCUUGAAUUUGAAGACUAAUUUCUGAGGUCACAUACACUUGAGUACAGAUCACCAUGAACCCAGGCGGAGGUCCCACAUACCCGUGUGCGUCGCUGUACGUCGGCGACCUUGACCCCGACAUCACGGAGGCCAUGUUGUACGAGAAGUUCUCUCCGGCCGGCCCCGUGCUGUCCAUCCGUGUCUGCCGUGACAUGGUGACACGACGCUCUCUCGGAUACGCCUAUGUCAACUUCCAGCAGCCAGCUGAUGCUGAGCGUGCCCUGGACACCAUGAACUUUGACACCAUCAAGGGUAAGCCCAUGCGGAUCAUGUGGUCCCAGCGCGACCCCUCGCUGCGCAAGUCUGGUGUCGGAAACGUCUUCAUCAAGAACCUGGACAAGUCUAUCGACAACAAGGCUAUCUACGAUACCUUCUCAGCUUUUGGCAACAUUCUGUCUUGUAAGGUCGCUCAGGAUGAAACCGGAUCCAGCAAAGGUUUUGGUUUUGUGCACUUCGAGACCCAAGAGGCCGCUGACGAGGCCAUGGCCAAGGUCAACGGCAUGAUGCUCAACGGCAAGAAAGUGUAUGUAGGGCGUUUUGUGCCCCGCAGCGAGCGUUUGGCCGCCAUGGGAGAAGCCCAGAAACGUUUCACCAACAUCUACGUCAAGAACUUUGGGGACAAAUGGGACGAUGACAAACUGCGUGAUGCCUUUGAGAAGUACGGAAAGGUGGUGAGCGCCAAGGUGAUGACAGACGACAUCGGACACAGCCGUGGCUUCGGGUUCGUCAGCUACGAGGAACCAGACUCCGCCGGAAAGGCCUGUGAGGAAAUGAACGACAUGGAGGUUGAAGAUGGCCGCCGCAUCUACGUCGGGCGUGCCCAGAAGAAGGCAGAGCGCCAGGCAGAGCUGAAGGCCAAGUUCGAGAAGAUCAAGCAGGAACGUAUCCAGCGCUACCAGGGUGUGAACUUGUAUGUGAAGAACUUGGACAGCACCAUCGAUGAGGAAAUCCUCCGCAAGGAGUUCUCACAGUUUGGGACCAUCACAUCCUCAAAGGUGAUGACUGAGAACGGACGGUCCAAGGGGUUCGGUUUCGUGUGCUUCAGCUCUCCCGAGGAGGCCACCAAGGCCGUGACGGAGAUGAACGGCCGUAUCGUGGUCUCCAAGCCGCUGUACGUGGCGCUGGCCCAGCGUAAGGAGGACCGUAAGGCCCAGCUGGCGUCCCAGUACAUGCAGCGUAUGGCAGGGAUGCGUAUGCCGGCGCCACAGCCCAACCAGAUGUUCCAGGGUUCCUCUUACUUCAUGCCGUCCAUGCAGCCGCGCUACUUCCCCAGCCAGAUGGCCCAGGUGCGUGCCAGCCCGCGCUGGCAGCAGACCGCCCCGAUGCGCCCGGGUGCCCAGGCCACCGCCUUCCAGGCCAUGCCGGCCGCAGGGUCACGCUUCCCCACCGCAGCCGCGCCACGGGCAGCCGCCGCAGCCGUCAGACAGGUGACCCCGCAGGCCAUGGCCCGCACCACGCAGCCACCUGCUCAACGCAUGGCAGGGAGAGGUGUUGCGCCAACCCAGCAGCCCCGUGUGGGAGUUGCCGCCAUGGCCAACCAGCAGCCCCGUCCAGGCUACAAGUACACUGCCACGAUGCGCAACCCGCCCAGCGGGGGCCAGCCUCAGGCCAUGAACCCGUCUGUCAUGUACCGCCCGGCUUCGUACGCACAGUCCAGCAAGGUCCAGGAGCAGUCGACCCCCCAGCAGGCUGUGCAUGUGCAGGGACAGGAGCCCCUGACGGCCUCCAUGCUGGCUGCAGCACCACCUCAGGAACAGAAACAGAUGCUGGGAGAACGCCUCUUCCCCCUCAUCCAGAACAGCCACCCGGAUCUGGCGGGUAAGAUCACUGGUAUGCUUCUGGAGAUUGACAACGCCGAGCUGCUGCACAUGCUCGAGUCCCGCGAGUCUCUCAAGGCCAAGGUUGAAGAAGCCGUGGCCGUGCUUCAGGCCCACCAAGCCAAGGAGCAGGCCGCCCGCGCUGGCGUCGCAGAGUAACAGCGCCCCCUACCAUCCACACCAAGUUUCGCGAGGAACCUAACGUUAAAAACCUAGAGUAGCAAGCAAGCAAGUAAUUCCUUCCCGUGGAAAACUGUACCCCGAACUGGGCGAAGAGAUAAAAUGGAAAGUUGACGCAUGGGUAAAACUAAAACUUUUAAAUGCAAAAAUAGCGUUAGCCGAGUGUGAAUGAGUGUUUUACAGUUCUGAACCUAUUAUACCUUUUGUAUGAAAGCUGUCAAUCGAAACAUCUCCGUGUCUAUCAGGCCAUAUGAGAAUUUUUUCCAUGUUUGUUCCUUUGUUGUUAACAACCUCUUAAAGCAAGGAAUGCCUCUUCUUUCAAGAACAGAAGUGGAGUUGGCAGGAUAUUUUUGUAGUAAAAUCCAACAAAACUGAUAAAGACAGCCAGGAUGCCAGUGAGAUGGUAAACUAAGCCUGUAUUUCUACACGUACCACUGUAGUUGUCUUGGUUAUUCCACAUCAGAGUGUUUUUAACAGCAGCUGCGUUCUACUACUACUAAUCUGCAUGGGUUUGUUGAAGUAUUUAACUGGUCAUGAUUGUUGAGAAAAAAUAAUGUUGGACAGUUUUUUAAUCAUUUAUAACAUCCUAGGAUCACAGGGUUGAACUGUUAAUAGCUUCAUGUUUCAUUAUGCUAUUUUUGUAAAAAAAAAAAUUGUAAAACUAAUCUUACGUUUGAAAAGGUGCAGCCAGGCAAGGCGUACAGUUUUGCGGGAAUGAUAGUCGUAAAAAAAGACCAAAAAAAUCGUAAAACACCGGAAAAAAAUUUCGAUCUCAAGCAGAAGAGAAGAAGAAACCAUACGGUAACUAGAGGAGGCAUAAAAAUGGAAAAAAUGUAUCAAAAAACACCGCAAAAUACGUUGAAAAAAAGGGAGACGAUCUUGUUGGGAAACUGCGGCGAGGUCAGCUCUUGGAAUGAGUGUUAUCUGAAUAACCGGUGUGAACAUGUGUUCUGUUUUGUGUUGAGGCUGAAAGAUGCCUUGAAUGUGAACCAUCAGCAACUUUGGGAAGUAAAACUACUGUUUCACACCA